UUUUAUUGCUACAAAUGUUUUCGUUUUUACAUUUUUUUUUUUUUAUACGUAUUACUAUUUUACAUGUACAGGUAAUACUCUCAUUCAGAUUAAAAUAAUAGCACAAUGUUAAAUCUUUAGGAGAAUAUAAGUUUAAAAUUGUUAAGCACACACGUAACCUUUAGCGUUUGACACUGGUACCAUGGAGACGUGUUACCAAGGGCGCUGUUUACAUUAGCAACCAUCACAAAUGAGGCCUGGGUGAACAAGCAGCUGCUUCGCUCCCCUUCACUACAAAUCACGUUUUAAAUUUAAUAACAUAUUUUACGACUUUACGACUUUUAACGUGUUACCUGAAGUGUACAAUGGAUUUUAGAAGCCUACAUUUCUCCUUGGACCUCGUUGCAGGCAGUGGUUUGGUUCUGAGUCCAGAACAGAAAGCAACCUUGCAGACUUCGUUGGUGAUUCUGAAGAGGAAUUAUAAAUUUACCCGUGUAGUUUUCUGGGGGAAAAUAUUGGGGAUAAAAGCUGACUAUUAUAUAGCACAGGGAAUAGGACAUGACGAGAUGAGCGACAAAAAGACAUUGUACAGCUUGAACUGCAUGGAAUGGAACCUGCUCCCUCCUGCAACAAAGACCAUGAUAGAUGAGACAUCUGUAAUCAAAGGCCUUUUCCUGGGAGAUCCUUCACAUGACUAUGAACAUAUUGAGAUGAGUAAGGAUGAGGAAGGACAUGAGGCUCAGGAAGAGGAAAUUACUGUAAAAAUUAAAGAAGAACAGCGGCUUGCAGCUGCCAUAUCACUGAUAGACAAAGAGGCGGCAGUAGUUCCAAGAGGAGCAUAUAUCAAGACUCCACACGGUCAUGUCCACACCAACAGAAGUUUUGAAGGUCUGUCUGUAUCAGAUGCAGGGAAGCUGAGCUCAUAUUUCCACUUUGCUGAACCUGUUCACCUUAAGCAGAAAUCCCUUUUGGAAAAAGCUGACUUGGAUCCAUCAAUGGACUUCAUGGAUUCACUGGAGAAUGAUAUACCAAAAGGAUCCUGGAGUCUGCAGUUUGAGAAAGGCAGCAGUGUGCUCGUGCUCAGGAGUUUACUCUGGGGGGGUCUCACAUUUUUUCACAUCCCAAUGACCCCCCAGCAUGGCUACAUUUACAUGGGAACAGGGCUGAAGAACAUAGACCUUCCUUUCAUGUUGUAGCCGCACAAUGCAGUAUGGUUAUUGAUAUCAGCACUGUUUACCCAUUUAUUUAUAUACUAUCAAAUAAAAAAAAAUGGCACAUUGACUCUGUAUGAAUAAACAUAUCUAAUAAUGUAAUAAUUAUGUUCCUAUUUUUGUAAACUUGCUUAGUUUUAUGUUGUAGUAAAAAUUUUCUUUUUGUUGUACUUUUCUUUUGUUACAAACCUACGAGUGUGGUAAUAUUCAAGUUUUAAGUAUUUUUGUACCUAAGUUAAUACAUUUGAAAAUAUCACACAUAUAGUACUUAAAUUAGCCUUUUGUUAGGUCACUUCUGAACUCCUUUAAGCCCUUAACUGCUAUAAGACUAAGACUUACCUGGCAUGUCCUCAAAAACGUGUUUUUUCUUUUUUCUUUUAUUUUUUUUAAAUGAACACUGGAUUUCUGCUGUUUCACUUGGGAUUGAUUGCUGAUUGAGAAGCUCUUACAGAUAAUAAGGGGUGGUGGAUCCAAUUUCAUUAAA